CGGAUCGCAUCUUGCGCUUUAAUUUGAACACCCGCUGCAACCGGUCACUCUCAGCUCAACAGUGUGAACGCUCCUCUCAACUUCUCAACUGAGAGAAGGCGCUGAACUGAAGCCUUCCGGCCACCGCUGCUCUGCCAAAAAUGGGAAAUUCAUCGAGAGACGACUCCGUCACCGACGGAGACACCUCCAGCGGCGACGCUCCUCCCUCCAAUUCCAGCCUCUACUCCGAGGGCGAGAAGAUCCUCGCCUACCACGGCCCUCGUAUCUACGAAGCCAAGGUUCAAAAAGCGGAGCUGAGGAAAAAUGAAUGGAGAUACUUUGUUCACUACCUGGGUUGGAAUAAAAAUUGGGACGAAUGGGUAGGUGGAGAUCGCUUGUUGAAACAUACUGAAGAUAAUAUAUUGAAGCAGCAAGCUCUUGACAAGAAACAGGGCGUGGACAAGAAUACAAAAUCAGGACGCUCAGCUCAGACAAAGCCAAAAAUUUCUACUGAUGUAAAAGCAGAGAAAGAGGACCACAAGAACAAUGUAACGAAAGGGAAGAAGCGGAAGAAUGACUCAGGCACUGAGAAGGAUACUGCUGCACUGGAAAAGCUUGUCAAGAUUCAAAUUCCGUCAACACUAAGGAAACAGCUUGUUGAUGACUGGGAAUUUGUUUCGCAGCAGGAUAAGCUUGUAAUGCUUCCACGUUCUCCAACUGUGGAUGACAUUUUGCAGAAAUACCUUGACUACAGAACAAAGAAGGAUGGAAAGGUGACUGAUCCAGUUGGUGAAAUCCUGAAAGGAAUACGAUGUUACUUUGACAGAGCUUUGCCAGUGAUGCUCUUAUACAAAAAGGAACGCAAACAGUAUGUUGAAACAGUUGUAGGUGAUGUCUCCCCGUCAACAAUAUAUGGCGCUGAACAUUUACUGCGACUCUUUGUUAAGUUGCCGGAGCUAUUGGCAUAUGUUAACAUCGAGGAGGAAACACAAAGCCGCUUGCAGCAGAAAUUACUCGAUUUCCUCAAGUUUAUGCAGAAAAAUCAGAGUACGUUCUUCCUUUCUGCUUAUGAUGGCUCAAAAAGCGUUGAAGGGAAAGGUAAGGGAAAACAUGACUGAAUUGCCACAUGAACUGCUCUAACUUCUCCUCCCACAUACCUGCCACCGUUGGACGGAUGGUAGAGACUGUAGAGAUUAAUGACCGUGGCAUGUUAUCGAUGCUUCCGUCUAGACAAUCCAGAAACAUGGAACAUCCAAUUGUUGUUGUAACAUUAGCAUUAAUUCAUUCUUUUUCUUUUCUCCUCGACUUCUAUUUAGUUUUCUUUAGCGUACUCUGUCAGGAAAAUUGUUUCACCGACAAGAUUACAGAGAUAAUUGCUUGCUGGAAUACUGUAGUCGUUCUUGUAACCUUGGAAGUAAUAGUUGUGUUUGUUAUGUGCAUUUGUAAAAGCUCUGAUCAAAGUUCUGUUUUGUA